AAAGUUGGUCAGUCAAAAAUAUUUUGUAUGAGUGGUACUGCACUAUUUUUGGUUAAAAUGAAGGAAAAGAAUCGGCAUAUAUCCAUGAAAACCAAAACUGCUUGGAGAAAAAACAUUAAUAUUUCGGAUGUUGACAAAUUUCUGGAAGAACAACGGCAGGAAGAACGUAUUGGAAAUGUUGCGGACAAAUCCGAUGCAGAACUGUUUUUAAACGAGACGAUUCCAAAAACCGACAAGAGCUUGAGGAACAUUAGGAAGGAAAAAUUCACCGCCAGUCCUAAAUACUGUAUCUCACUGGAAAGCAGCUCGAAAGUCGCGGAUCCCAUUGUUAAGCGAAACAGAGUGACAAAUGAAGCAAAACUACUAAAAAGAUUUACACAAGCGGAUCAACUGGAGCAAAGGAAAUUGAAAUCUGUUGGCGGCAAACGCAAGGCGAAACGUCCUUUGGCAAGUUUUGAUAAGGACAUUUGGGAGGAGGAACCAAUACCGGAAGAAAUGAAAAGCGAAUGGUUCCCGCAAAAUGUUGUUCUGCAUCAUAUGAAGAAUUCCGGUAAACCACUGGUUAAGGUCACUGCAUCGACGCACGCGAAACCAAAUGCAGUUCCAAAUGUCGAACUACCGGUAAGCGGUUCCAGUUAUAAUCCGUCUGUUGACGACUACAACGAGCUGAAACAGGUAGUCAUCGAGAAGGAACGGAAGAAAAUAAAAUAUAGUCAGCAUUUGGAUCGAGUCGUAACUCAAAAAUUCACCAAAAUGUCCAAAGACGAAAAGGAAGCUUUGGUGUUCAAGGAAAUGUCGGAAGGCUUGUUUGAAAACAAAGAAGAAGCUGUUGUUGAUGGCGAAGAUAGUGGAAACGAAUACACUGCAGUUAACCAACCGGUGCAAAACAAGAAGAAAAUGCGAAGCGAACAAAAUCGAAAGUUCCGAGCAGUUGCCAAACGCAACAUGGAAACUAUCACCAAGAUUGAACUCAAGAAGUUGAAGGAUAUAAAUAAGCUCCAGCAGUUGAGUUCAGAAGUGAAUCAAAAAGAUAAGAUAAUUGAAAAGAAACAGGACAACCGUGCUAAACGUAUGGAGGAAAAAAAGCAACAACCUGGGCGCGUGGCUUACAUGCAAUAUGAAGAAGCUGAAGAUGAUUUUCUGGAGCCCACAGCCUUGGCAGACAGCUUGCGAAAACUAGAACCAGCCAAAAGUUUGGUGGCAGAUCGAUUCAAAAGUUUCCAAAAACGCACAUUGAUUGCACCUAAGAAACAUCGCGAUGGUAUACCACGCAGUAAUAGGUCCACACUCAAGAAGUGGAAACGUUACACCCUGAGUACUCAUAAAGAGCCCUCGUAAGCAUUUGGUUGUUAUGAUUCGGUUAGGUUACAUUUUGCAUAAAAUAAAAUAUCAAUAUAAAAAAAAAACGACAAAGGAUUAUUU